ACUAUCCUAUCUGUGAAAACCCUGUCGGGGCUCCGGGUAACCAUUUUCCAGCUCCGUCGUCCCCAAACGAGACCAUUGUGGAUCUCUCUCUCUCUCUCUAAUGGCUACUGCUGUAACGAGAAAAACCCUAAAAUCAAUAAACCCUCUUGUCGUUCUCAGAACCCUAUCCUCCACUCAGAACCGCCACUUCACCGCCGUAGCCACCGCCGGAAAACCCGAACCCGAGUGCCCUUCAGCCUUCACAUUUUCGGCGGAUCAAGAAGGUCAGUCGAAGAAGACGAACGAUGAUGAUAGCAUCUAUGUUAGGGCUCCGAAAUUGUCGUCUUCUUCGGUGACGAUGCCGAUGGCGUUUAUGACGGGAUCGAUUGCGGGGAAGAGAUUCUACAAGAAGGUGACAACUAGAGAGGCUGAUGAUGGUAAUGGUUGGAGUGUUAUGCUUGAUUAUAGAACCCUCAAAACCCCUUCUAAGAGGCCUCUCAAGUGCCCUACUUUGGCUCUCGCUAAGGCUAUUGCUGCUGAAUGGGAAUACCAGCAAAUAGAUGGAAUCAGACCCUUUACAAUGCCUUUGAUGAAACUUGCGUGCACGGCAUUGGAAAGAGUUCCACUCACUCGGCCCAAGAUAAUUGAACAUCUGAUGAAGAAAUUCCAUCAAGAUUUGGUCUUCUGUCGUGCUCCCGGAGAUACUGACCUGACAUGUGGUGUCUUUGAACGGCAAGUGGAGAAAAUUGAUCCGAUACUUAACUGGUUGGAGUCAGAAUUUGGCUUUAAGCCAGUUGUAUACUCCAGUUUCUUUGGUGGCAAGCAGGAGGAUGGUCUUGUACAUGCCAUCGAGAGCCUUCUUAAGAAAAUGGAUGACUAUGAAUUGGCAGCAAUUGAUGCAAUUGCAUCGGCAGCACACUCUUUAACUAUUUCUAUUGGAAUCUUCCUGGGAAGAUUGCAGAUUGAGGAGGCCAUUGAGUUGAUUAGACUUGAAGAAGAUUUGCAGGUCGACCGAUGGGGUCUGGUUGAAGGUGGUCAUGAUGUUGAUAUUGCUGAUCUUCGGGUACAAAUCUCAUCGGCUGCUGUAUUCCUUGGACUUACAAGGAGACCUUGAAAUCUGUAUAUUUUCGUACUUGUUCUAGUAAUAACCCGAAAUCUAGUUUUUUUCCUUGGAUUUAAUUUGGUGGUUAUGGUUUCAUAGCAUUUCUUCGCAUAUGAUGCUGGCAAUUUUGUGAUACUUGUGGUGGCUAUGCAGAUGAGAUUCAUUGUUCUGUUAAGCUUAAUAUUUGGAUGUACUAAAAUCCCUUACUUCACUUCAUAAUAAAGAGAAUUUGGAGUCCCUGGAGAAGUUGGAACAGUA